UUUCAUUACAGUGGGAAAGUACAGAAAACAAACAAAUCCAAGCUUUCUUCUGUUACGUAUCCAUGGCUUCCUUCCUGUUUCUUACCUUUGCUGUAGAGAGAAGAGAGAGCAUUUGUUCACUUUUGUGGACUUUCUAUGCCUUUUUUUGGGCUGGAGGGCGGCUGAACGCUUGAGUUUUUUUUUUUUAGGGUUUAGUGACGCUUGUCUUCUCCCUCCGCCGAUUCUUACUGUUCAAUUUCUCUCGCUGUUAAAUUUCUGGGGCUAAUUUCUAGGUGUCAUUUUGGGGAGGGCCAGAGCACAGAGAGGCUUUUGAGUUAAGCUCGUUUUCUUCUCUGUGUUCCUGAACUUUGAAGAGUUGUUUUAAGUUGCAUUUUGGAAAGUGCUUCUGGCUUUAGAGGGGCAGCUAAUGGUUCACGUAACUAUGACUUUUUGCUGCCUUGGUGGGUUCUUGGCAGGAACAAGGGACACAACUCAAACAGUAGAUGGACUUUUAUCUCCCAAGAAUAUCAAGCUAUUUUCCUACAUUGAACUGAGGUCUGCCACAAAGAACUUUCAUCCAAGUAAUAGGAUUGGUCGAGGUGGCUUUGGAACAGUCUAUAGGGUAUGGGAACUCUAAGGGAUGGGACAGAAGUUGCUGUGAAAUCACUAUCUGCUGAAUCUAAGCAAGGAGUUCACGAAUUCUUAACCGAGAUCGAUAUGAUUGCUGAUGUUAGACAUCCAAACCUGGUCACUUUGAUUGGCUGCUGUGUUCAAGGGAACCACAGGAUUUUAGUCUAUGAAUACGUGGAAAACAACAGUCUUGCAUAUGCGUUACUAGGACCGGAGAAUAAAAGGAUCGAGCUAGACUGGAAUAGAAGAUCUGCAAUUUGUAUGGGCACUGCUAAUGGUCUUGCUUUCCUUCACGAAGAACUUGAACCACAUAUAGUGCACAGAGACAUUAAAGCUAGUAAUAUUCUCCUCGACAAGGACUUGCUCCCUAAAAUUGGAGAUUUUGGUCUGGCAAAGCUUUUCCCAAAUAAUAUUACUCACAUAAGUACAAGAGUAGCAGGAACAGUUGGUUACUUGGCACCAGAAUAUGCGAUGCGCGGUCAGCUAACAAAGAAAGCUGAUGUCUAUAGCUUUGGAAUCCUUAUACUUGAAAUCAUUAGUGGAAGAAGCAGUGCAAAGGCAACCUGGUCAGCAAUGCAGAAAUUCCUCCUUGAGUGGACAUGGCAAUUGUAUGAAGAAGGAAGAUUGUUAGAGCUAGUUGAUCCAGAGCUCGAAGAGUACCCAGAAGAAGAGGUCCUCAGAUUCAUCAAAGUCGCUCUCUUUUGCACACAAGCUGCCUGUAAACAGAGGCCCGACAUGAAGCAAGUGGUGACCAUGCUCUCUAGCCAUACUCGUCUUAACGAGAAGAUUCUCAUGGCCCCGGGCCUGGUCAAAGACUUGAUGGGUAUCAAAGGAGAUUUCAGACCUGCAAAUUCCAGUAAUUCGGAAACCCCCAUCCCCUCUACUUCCUCUGCUAAAUCUGCAACUAAUCUCCUCAGCUCUCCAAUGAGCUUUACUGAGAUAAUGCCUAGGUGAUCAUGGGAAGUAGUAAGGUGAUAAUGUAUUCAUAUUGUUGUUACUAUAAAGGGGAAUGUUUGUGGCGAUGGAGAAAUAAUUAUUAGAAGUUCAACUAGAGAAUGAUACUUUUAUAUGUCUCCAUUUAGAUUAUGGGAUUGUCUACAAAGAGACCAUUUAUCAUUUGUACAUAGAUGUCACAAUUAUUCUUGUCCCUUCAAUUUCAAAAUGUGUGAUCAUAAAAGUGUGAUUGAUAGAUACAAAAUUCCCAACAAAUAAAUAAAUUUCGGACUUCAUGACUCA